AUGUCUAGACAUUCUAAGAAUAAUACAUCUACAAGCGUUUUUACCUAUAGAGAGAGGUAAAUGAUUAAAGAUUAUGGAACAUAAAAAGCUAGGAUAGGAAAUGAUUCUUGCAAAAAAUUUGAUCAAUGCAAUUUAUGUUUGCUAAAAGUUUAAGAUCCAUUAACUUGUAAAGAUGGGCACAUAUUUUGUAAAGCAUGUAUUGUAGAAAACUUAGUCGAAUAAAAAAAAGAAAUAGCAGUAAAAUAAGAAAAAUAUCAGUAAUUUGUUGAAGCAGAAAAAAGGGAAUAAGAAAAAAAAUCUUAAUAAAAAUAAUUGGAGGAAAUUGAAAAAUUUGAAUAGGUGGAAGAUGGAAGAGUUAAGAGCUCUCUUGAGUCCAUCAAGCCAACAACAAAAAAAGUCACAAACUACAUAAACUGGUUACCUGAAGAUAAUAACUUGAAAUAAAAAAUGGAAGAACCUAGCAACAAGUUAAUAUGCCCAGGAGAUAAAAAAAAAGAAAUUAAAAUGAAAACAUUGUAUUAAGUUGAUAUAAAGUUUGCUGGAGAUUAAGCUGUAUGUCAUGCAUGUUAAAAAGAUCUGGGAUUUUAAAAAAUGUGUUUAUCAAAAAAGUGUGGUCAUUUACUUUGUAAAACUUGCUUUGAUAAUGACAUAGCUAAAACUUGGAGAUGCUCAGUCUGUUUAAAAAAGUGUGAUAAAGAUGAUAUUAUUUAUUUACAAGAAUCUCUUAGCUCGUACUCAUUCCACAAUAACGUAGAAUCUGUAAAAUUCUCUUCAACAGCAGCAAUUUGA